CCGGAAUGGGUGCUUAUUUACUUCUUGAAGAACUCUGAGACUGAAUUCAGAUGCAAUAUUUGCGAGCUCGUAAUAAAUGCCGAGGAAAAAUCACCAGACCUCCUUGAGCAUAUAAAACUGAACCACAAAGAAGUUUAUGAUCUGCAUCGGGACAAUCCAUUCAGUUCUGUUGGCUUUCGUAUUGAGUUCCUUCAAGUUAUGAAGUCUGAUGGCAGUGAUCCGAUGAAUCGUGAGGUGAUCAUCGGUGAAGUAUGUGAAGCUGGUAAUGAAGAAAUAGCGAAGCCGAUCACUGGUGUCACAGACAGUUCCGAUGUUUUGUCAGAAAUCGACAGCCAUAUUGUUGUGACAAGAAAUGACAGUAAUAUUAUUGUGACGAAAAAGAAGAAAGCAAUCAAAAGUAUUUCAUUGGAGAACAGAAAGCGCAGUUGGGUGUGGAAGUACUUCGAGAAAGUGAGCAACAUCAUGUACCGCUGUCGGUUCUGCAACGCUAUAUUGUCUAUUAAAGGCUGCAAUACAAACAACUUGAACAGACAUAUGAGGACGAAGCACACUAAGACUUUUCAGCUUGAGAUGGAGGGGAAGAAGGAUGAAGACAUUACUAUUGAUAUGGACUCCUGCAAACAGGAAAUCUUAGAUAAAGAUUUGACUGAGACGUACAUGGCUUCUGAUACUAUUGCUAGUGAGAGCCCGGGCAAACUGCGCAGCUGGGUGUGGACGUACUUCAGCCGGAUCUCGGGCACGCUUGCGCAGUGCAAGCUGUGCAAGCGCAACAUCUGCCACGGCGGGAACGCCACCGGCAACAUGAACAGACAUCUCAAGAUGAGGCACAAUAAAACUGGAGAAUCCUCGGACCACACAUGGAUCUGGAAGGUGUUCGAUGUGAACGAAGAGGACUUCUACACUUGCAAGAUAUGCCAGUACCAGUGUCUCAAGAUGGACGACCUCGAUAUGAGCAUCAACACCAUACUGAACCACCUGAGGCUCGAGCACGGAGUGAUCUCCGGAGACCAGAUCAUCACUCCGGCUGGUUGUAAAUAGUUGUGUGGGGAUAAGGUAUGUUAUUUUAUUUGCCAGCUUUUUGCGAUGCUGUUUUCAGGGAAUAUUUUCUCAGCUGUGGAUAACACGGCAUGUUACAAUGUUAGAUGACAUUUGUUGUCUCUUUUCUUAAAUAAAUUGUUACUUAAGUGGGACAAGGACAAGUGUUAUGCCGGUUGUACACUUUUGACAAACAGUUUGCGGUUUCGAUGUACAUUGCUGGUUUUUCCUUAUGGUGAACAAAAAACUUUGAAACGAACUACGCAAUUUUCUUUCAUUCGCGUUCGGCAUCUGUCCGAGUUCGUCGGUAGCGUGUAGCUUUUAACGUUUUGUAACAUGCUGUGGUGCGCAGUGACGUGUCCUUUAAAAAUAAAAUUUCAAUGUCCAUUGUCCAAGCAGUUGUGAUUGAUUUAUUACCAUUUAUAAUAAUAUGCAACUGCCCGUAAUUGUUCGCACUACAUAAUGCUCAUAACAAUUUGUUUAUGAGUAUUAAUUUAAAAAUGUGUAGAUUCUGGAAGUUAUAUGGACACACAAAUAAUUAGAACACCAAGGGCCUGCUUCACCGCUUCCUGAUAAAGUAUCUGAUAGACCCUAUAUGUAACAUAACAAUGUUAAAAAGUUGUGUUUCACAAGUGUCGGAUAGAGCUACAUGACAAAACUUUAGGCAGAUUUAUCUGGCUGUUAGUUCUGUCCGAUUAAAAUAUGUUAUUUUUAUUGGAAAGUGGUGAAACAGAAUUUUAGAAGUCGCGUCACUCUAUUUUAUGCGCACAUCAUUAUUUGAUUUUAUUAAAGCGUUUAUUUCACAAAAUUAACUAUUACAUUUGUUUUUACUUUUACUUAUGUAGACCUUUUGAAUAAAUUUAAAAUAUAAUUAGCUUUUUCAUAAUUUUCAUAAUAAUACUUACUAUUUUAGGUGUUAAUUAAUUAAUAUAUGUUUAUAAAGUUAUACCUAAUGGUUUAUUUUUAAAUCUAAAUUUUUACACGUAUGAUACGUGUAACGAGCUAGGAAAUAUCAAUUGUCAAUAUUUAAUACGACUUAUUUUAAAUGUCUGGGUGAGGUUUUGGCCUUUAUCAUGACUACGACCUCAAAUAAAUUUAAUGAUUUGUUAAUUUCAUAGAAUAGAACUGUAACACGGUGGAAUAAAAAUAUUCAAAUCAUUGAAAAAAUACGUAUAACAUUUUAAUAAAAUUACUGCCUUGACUUACCAGAACUGCCUUUCAAUUAUUAUUGUAAUAUGGGCUCCGACGCUCAACGGCUGUGGAAGAACCAUACCAUAGAAUUUGUAAACGUUUUAUAAAUAUGUUAAUUUCGAUUUAAAAAAGCCCAUGUAAAGACCAAUAUAUUAAAUCCCUGAAAUAAAUUAUACUUUUAAAUCAACUCGUAUUUAGAUAACCAGAUUUGUUUUAUAUUGACGAUGAAUAAAUCGUGUGCCUUUGCCUUAUUUUGAAAUAUUGAUUUGUUAUGGCUUUUUUUUUAACAAACUAUAAAGUUCUGAAAACUUCCGGGUCUAUUAUUAUGUACAAUCAUUUGCUUAGUUUUAAAAAGUAGCCUAAUGAAAAUAUGUGUAUUUUGAUUUAACAACAUUCGUUGAUAGUUAAUAUAGAGCACCUAUCUUUAUAUUUUGUAACGGUUAGGUAAUUGUAAAUAAAAUAUGUCACACAAGAGUGAUA